GACAGAGGCACAGAGACAUCAGACGAGCUGCCAGAGUUCAGUGGAUGAGAGGAGACAUUUGGCGAAUGGACGGGGCUUAGAGGAUUAUUACUGACACAGCUAAACGCUCCGUCGGCAUCGCCCCUCCUUCCUUGUUUCCCCACCUGCCCGUCAUCUCCAGCUCUUCUCUGCCCAGCUGCCAUCCAGCGGAGCGACAGGACAAGGAUGCAGCACAGUGAUGGUUGUGUUCUACAUUAGCAGGGGAGGUGAGCUCAGAGAGAGAGGCCCACACAUCAGGGAGGACAUCGGUAUCAUUUGGACGGGCUGACUACGAGGCUCUACAAAUAGGACAGUGGCAUCAAACUACAGAGCUUCAUUCAACUUCCCACACGUUAACCACACGGCCGCCCUCCCUCCUCUCGCUUAUAAUAUGCGUCUCCUGUUACUGGCCCCUGUCAUCUGCCUUUUUGCCUUGUUAUUCCUACCGUCCCUUUUCCCAUCCGCCGAUUGCUCCCGGUUGUGUCCACCACGCUGUGUUUGCUACGAGAAUUCAGACGCAGUGGACUGCCGCUCCUGCAGGCUGGAACAUGUCCCCAGGGGCCUCCCGCACGGCACCUGGCUACUGGAGCUGGGCGGAAACAACCUGAGCGAGAUUGGCACUCAAGCCUUCACCGGACUCUGGUCCCUGAGGGUGCUGGUUCUGACCGACAGCCAGAUACAUGAAGUGCAACCACAGGCGUUUUUCUCUUUGUCCUUCCUGGAGAAGCUGGACCUCAGCUGGAACCAGUUAACCGCUCUACCUGUUGACUUCUCAACCAGUCUAUCCGGCCUCAGAGAGCUGCGACUGGAGCACAACAACUUACACCAUUUAUCUGGAAACAGCUUUGAGCAUCUGGACAACAUAGAGAGGCUGGACCUCAGCCACAACCAGCUGGUGGCGGUUGGCUUCGGGGUGUUCAGGGGCCUCUCCAGGCUCAGACAGCUCUACCUGCGCAACAACAGGCUGACUGUGUUGCAGCACGGGAGCCUGGAUAUGCUGCCGGGACUAGAGGUGCUCCAGCUGAGCAACAACAACAUCUCACGGAUCGAUAACGAUGCUCUGGCGCCGCUCUACAGCCUGGCCGUCCUUGCUCUGGAUGGAAACAACCUGCAACGCCUCAAGUUCAAGACCUUCAUCUGCCUUCAUACGACGGCUACACACAUCCAGCUUUCAGGCAACCCGUGGAGCUGCGACUGCGACCUGCACCGCGUCUUCAGCAAGAUCCUGCACGUCCGCCACCUCCACGUCGACGACUACCGAAACGUGACGUGCCAGGAGCCGCCGCAGCUGGCCGGCGCCUCGCUGGCCUGGGUGGACAGCCGGCUGUGUGUGGCCGAGACUGCCACCGUGCUCGUCAUCACCGGUACUGUACUGGUCACCGUGGCGGCGGCUCUGGUGAUGGCAGAGAGGACCAGGAAGAGGAACAGCGGGAAGAACUGGGACGCCGAGGCCGAGAAUCAAACGAAUAGCUGACAACGUGGAGACCGCGUGGGACUGGAGGUCAUCACUGUCCUCAGUCUCAGAAGACUCUCCAGUCUUCUCAUCAGUAUCUGUUUCUGGAGGACUAGCUGGACCUGGGCCUCCACAGUUCUCCCCAUCACCUUCUUUCGCCAUCUGUUCAGUUUGUCUCUGAUUAAGCUGCGAGAAUUGAGCUUCCACUUUAUCAUCUUCACUUUUCACAGGAGUGAAUGAGACCUUCAUGUCAGCCUCUUCCAGCUGCUCCUCUUUAAUGUGGGGGUGCUCUGGAUCCUCCUUCUGUUCUUCUUUAAGCACAAACAACUGCUGGAGGUCUAUGGAUAAUAAUAAUCAAAACACACAAUAUAGUUAAUCAACUAAAUUAUUAAUUAUUACCACUUAGCUAGUUCAUUCUUUCAUGCUGUGACUAUUACUGUACAGGUGUUAAUCUCAAAGACGUUAAAACCUAUUUGGAAAAGAUCAUCCCCUUGAACUUGGGAAAUAUUGUGGAUCAGAAAAAGAAAUAUAAUGGAAAGUAUUGUGUAACAAUCAAUUUAUGAUACAACUACAGCAAUUUACCGCCUGAAUAUUCUAAGCAAUUCAUCACAUGUUGACAAUGUAGAGGACAAUUUGCAUGAAAACUAAAAUAUAUUAUGUGAAAAUACAUUGUCAUGUUGUAUUGUCUUUGUGCCCCUGAUCCCGUCUACUAAAGUGUACCAAAGUACACUAGGCACAACAUCAUUUAAAAUAAAGUACAUACUGAACUAUUUGCUUAUUGUGUCUCUGACCACUUGUAUCUUACAUGUAGGUGUUGUGAACAGGUUAUGAAAUCAAAGGCAUUGAAUGAAGUCACUUUUUCUGGGUCCUUCCCAUUCCUCCAGGUUCAGUAUCCAUUGACGUAUUGGCCUCAACAGCUCUCAUCAUCUCAGCAUCACUGUGGUUCAAUAAUUGUCUAGGGUCACUUAUGGGAAACCCACGCUAGUUGUGAAGGUAUUCUGUUUUCUAUUUAAACUGUUUGGUAUUUAUUUUCGGGGAUUAGAUACAUGCAUAAACAAUUUUGAAACUGGAAUAUAACAUACUGAAGAGUAUAAUUGUUUUUCCUUUUUUUUCAGCAUGCGCACAAAAUAUCUACGUGUGAAAAACAAUGCCUAGAAUUUGGCCACAGUAAAAGACUGUCAGCUUUUGGACAUUGUGUGUAAGUAGCGUGGGACGUAUUUGGCUCGUAGGAAUGUAAAGACCACUGUAGGGCCAAAACCGGUGUGGUUACAAUAGGUUUUUAAGGCUGGACGCGGCGUCAGGAUUUAAAUUAACCUAGCCAGCUCCUUAUUUAUGUGAAACUUGUAAUAAAUCAGAGGAUUUUUUCUUGGAUUAAAUAUUUUAAUUUUAAGCAACAGAUUCGGACAGUGACGAGUGACAAAUGGCGUGUCCUUUUCAACAACUUUAAGCCAAUAAGAAGCAACUUUUAUGUGUCAUAGAAGCUAUAUAACUGUCAUGUACGUCUUUGUUCUUUGAGCCGUUUGAACUGGAACAUAAAGGAAUCCUUAUGGUAAUGGUAAAUGG